AUGGGGAACACACAGUACCGGACCAAGAAAGUCGACUCUUCAGCUCUGGUGUUGCACAAUGUCCAGGACGAUCCUGGGUGGAUGCGAUGGUAUGAGAAGCAAGCGAUUGCCGGCGACAUGGUCUGGGAUCGAGAUGCACUUGGCGGUAUGUCACCACCCAGCGGGGGACCCUGUGGGCUGGAGGCCUUUGACUGGGUGCUGCAAGCCGCCGUUCACCUGAAGAAGAUUCGCGAGCCCGGGGACAUCGACUGGAGGUGGGCUUUGAACGGCACCGGUGACCACGAGCUGCGGCACGCGCUCGAUCAGACCGACCUAGGAUACAAGAUCCGCGAGGGCUUGCGCUUCGACCAGGUUGAUCCGCACCUCCGCGAAGGAAAGCCUGUGAUGGUUUGCUUGUGCCACCGCUACAGGUGGAGUGACGGCGAUACUGGGAAGCUGCACUGGAUCGUGCUCAAUGGCUUCGUCAACAACGACGAGAACUGGUAUUGGUUCGUCUCCAACGGGUCGAUCCCAGGAAUCGUCGGGGCCGACGCGGUGAAGUUCCUGGUCAACAAGAACAUCGGAAAGCCGUUCGAGCUAGGCGCCUACAUCAACAACCGCGUGAUCCUGGUUGACUGGUGA